AUGAAUAGAGGAAAAACUUUAGAUUCCAUUCCAAUUGAUCUCUUUUUCGAUAUCUUCUCGAGAUUACCUGCAAAGUCAGUCGGGAGAAGUUGUUGCGUGUCGAAGCAAUGGGCGUCAAUACUUGGCAGUCAAGAUUUCGCCGAGUUGUUCCUGAACAGGUCCUCGACUCGUCCACGUCUCCUAUUCGCUCUCCAACAAAAAAACGGUGGUGAGUGGCUCUUCUACUCGUCACCUCACCCUCAGAAUCCAUAUGAGAAGUCUACUGUUGUAGCGGCCGAUUUUCAUACCAAGUUCCCUAGAAGCCAAAGUAAUUGUAGCUAUGCCUCUGGUUUGUUCUAUUUUCCUGAUGUGCGGAUCUCAAAAAAUAAGAGUGAGGAUCCAGUGCCUGUGAUAUGUAACCCUAUCACAGGACAGUAUGCGAUCUUACCAAAAAUGAGGAAGGAGAGAAAGCAGAUCAGCUUUUUAGGGUUUGAUCCGAUUGACAAGCAAUUCAAGGUAUUGCUCAUCAACAGUUUAGUUAAUGAAACGGUUCAUCAUAUUCUGACAUUAGAAGCUGGAAUAAUGAGGUGGAGGAAGAUACAAUAUUGUCCGGUUACCUAUAAGCCUUUUAGAAAAGGGAUAUGCAUCAAUGGGGUUUUGUAUUACUUUGCUAAUCCAACUAUAGUUUGCUUUGAUGUUAGGUCUGAGAAAUUUAAUUUUAUUGACAAAAAAUGCAAUUCUUAUGAAUUGAUGAACUAUAAGGGUAAAUUAUGUGUGAUCAGUUUGAAGUAUGAAAAUGAUAAAGGAUGGCAUAGUGGAUGGCGUAGUGAAUGGGAAACCCGUGAGUUACAUAUGUGGAUUCUAGAGGAUGUCGAGAAACAGGAAUGGUCGCAACAUGUCUACCCUUCUCCGGAGAAUGGAUACGGUAAACGCCUUUCCGUUGUUGGGAUGACUACUACAGGUGAAAUUGUUUUGUCGGAGAACUUAUCAUCUAAGCCUUAUAAAGUUUUCUACUUCAGUCCCGAGAAGAACACUUUCCAAUGUGUUAACUUCCAAUAUGUUGGAGCUAACCUUGAAGAGCAUAAGUAUUUUGGUACAGUUGAUGCCUUUGGAGACCAUGUCGAAGAUCUUAGUGUAAACAACGCAAAGCAACUCAAGUCAAGCGUCUUUGAUCUUAGGAACUUAGGAUCGUUUGAGAGCCUUAACAAAUUUGAUGCUUUGUGUCGUUUAGAUGAUGAUUAGUAUACAUGUAUCAAAACGUGGUUGUUUCCUUGCUUAAUCAAGUCAUCUGAAAAAAGCUCU